GUGCUAUGAAUAAGAAGUGGGUGUGAAGUCACUGUUUGGGCGGUUUUAGUGGCUCAGCAGAUGCCAGACACCUUACAAACCACAUUUCCUCAAUUCAGUCGCCUGUAGCGAUACUACUUUUCCCUCGAGGUCUCCUUGCAAUGGCAGCAGAACCCGAGCGCGGCUCGUUCGUGGAAAAUGCGAAGAGCUUCAGGAGGUCUUUGUAAGCGGAUCUUUUGAGGGCACGUCGUGGAUUUGGUAGAAAUACGAGGAGCGCGUUAAAAGCCGCGGCGCGGGUGUAUGUAUGCAUGUAGACAUGGCAGGGCUGUGCACAUCCGGGCCACAGGACCGUGACUCCAUUAUUUUCUGUUCACUGUGUAACUGGCGCUGAGGGCAACCAGAGAGCAACUCUACAGCACGUUCAACUCGUUUUCUGUUAUAAUCAGCCGGGAUAAGGGUCAAGGACAUGUCUAAUCAAGGAGUUAGAAGAAAUGGACCCGUUAAGUUGCGUUUAACAGUUCUGUGCGCAAAGAACCUGGUGAAGAAAGACUUCUUCCGACUGCCAGACCCCUUCGCUAAGGUGGUGGUGGACGGUUCAGGGCAGUGCCACUCAACAGACACAGUGAGGAACACGCUGGACCCCAAAUGGAACCAGCACUAUGACCUGUAUAUCGGGAAGUCGGACUCCAUCACCAUCAGCGUGUGGAACCAUAAGAAGAUCCAUAAGAAACAGGGAGCGGGAUUCCUGGGAUGCGUACGACUCCUCUCCAACUCCAUUAACCGACUCAAGGACACAGGCUAUCAGCGUUUGGACCUGAACAAGUUGGGGCCCAAUGACAGCGAUACCGUGAGGGGACAGAUAGUAGUUAGUCUUCAGUCCAGGGACAGGAUAGGCUCCGGAGGGCCAGUGGUGGACUGCAGUCGUCUGUUUGACAACGACCUGCCUGAUGGCUGGGAGGAGAGGAGAACUGCAUGUGGCCGGAUCCAGUAUCUGAAUCAUAUCACACGCAGCACCCAAUGGGAGAGACCUACUAGGCCUGCAUCCGAGUACUCGAGCCCCGGCCAGCCACUCAGCUGCCUGGUGGAUGAGAACACGCCCAUCAUGACGCCCAACGGGGCAGCAGUCGUACCUGCAGAUGACCCCCGGGUGCAGGAGCGGAGGGUUCGCUCUCAGAGACACAGAAACUACAUGAGCAGAACUCACCUACACACACCGCCCGACCUGCCCGAGGGAUACGAGCAAAGGACCACGCAGCAGGGUCAGGUGUACUUCCUGCACACGCAGACGGGUGUCAGCACAUGGCACGACCCCAGAGUGCCCAGGGAUCUCAGUAAUGUGAAUUGUGAGGAGUUGGGCCCAUUGCCUCCAGGCUGGGAGAUAAGAAACACAGCCACCGGACGAGUGUACUUUGUGGACCACAACAACCGAACCACACAAUUCACAGACCCGCGUCUCUCCGCUAACCUGCAUCUCGUCCUAAAUCCCAGUCCGAAUGGCUCCCGUGGUCCCGUUGAGGCUCAGAGCAGCAGUCGUCCCCAACAGCUGAAGGAGCAGGCUCAGUCUGUCAUGUCUCCCGGAAAUCUCCCCGAGGACCCUGAAUGUCUCACGGUGCCCAAGUACAAGCGAGAUCUGGUGCAGAAACUGAAAAUCCUGAGACAGGAGCUGUCCCAGCAGCAACCGCAGGCAGGACACUGCCGUAUCGAGGUCUCGCGUGAGGAGAUCUUUGAGGAAUCAUAUCGGCAGGUGAUGAAGAUGAGGCCGAAGGACCUGUGGAAGAGGUUGAUGGUCAAGUUCAGAGGAGAGGAAGGUCUCGACUAUGGUGGAGUCGCAAGGGAGUGGUUAUACUUGCUGUCGCAUGAGAUGUUAAAUCCAUACUAUGGACUGUUCCAGUAUUCACGAGAUGACAUCUACACGCUACAGAUCAACCCGGACUCUGCCGUCAAUCCGGAGCAUUUGUCCUAUUUCCACUUUGUGGGAAGGAUUAUGGGAAUGGCUGUUUUCCACGGGCACUACAUAGACGGAGGCUUCACUCUGCCCUUCUACAAGCAGUUGCUGGGGAAACCCAUCACUCUGGAUGACAUGGAGUCAGUGGAUCCAGAUCUCCACAACAGCCUCGUCUGGAUCCUAGAUAAUGACAUCACUGGGGUGUUGGACCACACAUUCUGCGUCGAACACAAUGCAUACGGAGAGAUCAUUCAGCAUGAGCUCAAACCCAACGGCAAGAGCAUCCCUGUCACCCAGGACACCAAGAAGGAGUAUGUGAGGCUGUAUGUGAACUGGCGGUUCCUGAGGGGCAUCGAGGCUCAGUUCCUGGCCCUGCAGAAAGGCUUUAAUGAGGUCAUCCCACAACACCUACUCAAGGCGUUUGAUGAGAAAGAGUUGGAGCUUAUUGUGUGUGGACUCGGGAAGAUCGACAUCAAUGACUGGAAGUCAAACACCCGUCUGAAGCACUGCACAGCUGACAGUAACAUCGUGAAGUGGUUCUGGCGGGCCGUGGAGUCAUAUGAUGAGGAGAGGAGAGCCAGACUGCUGCAGUUUGUCACCGGCUCCUCCAGAGUCCCACUACAAGGAUUCAAAGCCCUGCAAGGUGCUGCUGGACCACGUCUCUUCACCAUCCAUCAGAUCGACGCCAGCACCAAUAAACUCUUCAACCGUAUUGACAUUCCUCCAUACGAGAGCUACGAUAAACUCUAUGACAAACUGCUGACGGCCAUCGAGGAGACCUGCGGCUUCGCUGUGGAAUGA